AUGGCAAAGGGAACAAAUUCAGUGAAAAGCUCUUUGGCGGCACCGCGAAAACCCCAGAGAAGCAGUGCCAUGGAAUUCCAAACUGCGAAACCAAAUGCCAGAAUGCAACUCCAUCUCACCGUUAACCUUCUCAAUCAGAUCAUCGACAUGCACGGAUUCAAGAAAAUCCACAACACUGCAAAGAAAGUUCUGAUCGAUGCAGUGAACUCAAUGGAGCUGAUGGAUCCGAGUCGCUCAACACUAAACGAAGAAAACGUGUCUUCAUGCGCGCAUAUGACUCUGGAGGAGGCGAUCAAAGACCUGGCGGACCUCAAAUGGCAAGAAUGCUGCGUCACUUCCAUCCAAACCCUAAAUUCGGUGAACUACGACCUGGUCGUACACAACACCGACGCUGAAGCUGAGUCAUCGAAACCGAAGCUUAAACAGAAGACGAGGUCCAGGAAGCGGCGCAAGUUUUUGACACUGGGAGCCGCCGGGGGUGACAGCGCUGACACAGCCACAGCAGCCGCAGCCGCAGCUCACGGUUGCGGCUACUUUGGAGGCUCAAAUUUGAUCACUGAGACUGAGAGGACGAGGAUAACUGACUUCAACGACGAUGAUUUUGGUGCUACCGGCGGUGACUGUAGUGAGUACUCUUAGACUUUUCUCCCCAUUGCACCGUAUUAGAGAGAGAGAGAGAGAGAGAGAGAGAGAGAGGGGUAAUCAACUGGACGAAUCGUAUAGAUAGAAACUGCAAUGGUUGUUGUUAGACAGACUAUUAUUGAGAGUGCGUGAGGUGAGCGAGAUUUCAGAGCAGAAUAUGCUUUGUCUGUGCUGGUGUUUUUACAACAGUCCCCCAGGAUUGGCUCGUUUCAUACUGUUUUUUUUUUUUUUUUAAAUAAAUAAAUAAAUAAUAGUAGAGUGCAAGUUAAUAACCCUCGCUUUUUUAAAUUUUAAAUGAUUAUUUUUUUAAAAUUUAUUUAAAUUAUUUUCUUGCACAAAUUUUUUUUAAACAAAGACAGUUAUACGUCACUAUUGUUUUACUCUUUUAAUCAAUUAUGUAAACGUUGAUACAAAAUAGUAAUAAAAAAAGUAGAUACAAAACAUUUCUCUUUCUAAACUAAAUAAUAAUAAUAAUAAUAAAAAAAAAAAAAUUAAGCAUCUCCAGUAAAUUGUGCUGAGCUGGGCCAAUAGAAUGGAUCAGUGCAAGGACUUAUGCCUGCUUGUUUGGCUUGAUAUACAUUAUUUGUAUUGAAAUUCAAAAGGGAUUUUGAUACGAGAGCACAGCAUAAUUGGUUUAGACUUUUAAAGUUUAAUAAAUAAUAAUUGGUCCUAAUUUUCAUUUGAAUGUUAAAUACACUUUUUUGGGACUUAGUUCUAGUUUUAUUUAUUUAAGCAUCUGUAUUAGUGUGUGAAAUAGUUGUGAUUUUUUAUUUUUUAUUUUGUGGUUAGCCUUUUUUUUUUAUUUAUUUAUUUUUAUACUAAAGAAUGUUGUUUGGGUUUGUAAAUAAGCAGUAUAACGUA